AUGGUGCGGUACUUGGCCAACGUCGGGCGGGUCGCACGCGCCACUGCGCUGCCCAAGGUCGUCCUCAUUGGCACGAAGGAGACGAACGGCCUGGACCUUGGCUCGAAGAUCCUCGCGCAGCUCAAGCGCGAGCAUCGUCCGUUGGACCCGCUGGCGCGGCGGCUCUUGGCGCACACGAUCGACGAGCUUCGCCCGACCGCCGACGCGCCUGUCUCAGCGCACGUCUACCUGCCGCUCGGCGACGACGAUGGCAUCGUGAGCUGCACCGUCGCCACGCUGCCGACGGCGAUCUCGCGCCACAACGCCUUUGCCCGCCCGCACGCCAUCGCGAGCGUCGUGAAAGCCCACCUGGCCGACGCCGGGCGGACGCUCGUCGGCGGGCACAUGGCGGGCAUGAAGGCCGACAUGGGCGGCGCGGCUGGGCUCCUCGGCGCCUUUGACGCUGCCGUGCGCUCGGGCAACGUUCGCGCGCGGCCGCUGCACUGCGUCCUCUGCAUCGCCGAGAAUGCGAUUGGACCGAAUGCGACGCGACCGGACGAAGUGCACACGUUCUACUCGGGCAAGACGGUCGAGGUCAACGAUACGGACGCCGAAGGUCGCUUGGUGCUCGCCGACGGCGUCGCGUACGCAGUCCAGCACCUGAACCCGGCGCUGUUGCUGGACAUGGCCACGCUCACGGGCGCCCAAGGCGUUGCGACGGGGUCGCACAUGGGCGCCUUGUACACCAACACGGACGACCUCGAGGCGAUGGCAGUCGCGGCCGGCAAGGCGUCGGGUGACCUGGUCCACCCUGUGCCGUACGUGCCCGAGUUUUACCGCCCCGAGUACAAGAGCCACGUGGCCGACAUGAAGAAUUACAUGAGCAACCCGCGCAACGCCGGCGUCUCGUGCGGCGGCCAGUUCCUUGCGAACCACAUGGCCGACUUUGUCGACGGCGACGGCCAGUGGAUGCACAUUGACAUGGCGUCGCCAGUCGAGCACAGCGACAAGCGCGCGACCGGCUACGGCGUCGGCUUUGUCCAGUCGCUUCUCGAGCAGCUGCAUCGCAAGACGCUGUAG